GUUCUAUCCGCCCCAUAUAUUCAAUCCACCAUACCACACGCCAUAUUCGCCCGAACCGUUUUGCGACCGCACAGAGCGAACCUGAGAAUUGCGAGUUCAUCCGAAGUUAAGCGAGCGAGCGCGAACCAUAACGAACGAUGGCGUCUGCAUCCUUUAGAGAAUCGAUGAACUCUCUAGGGUGGUCGCGUCGCGACCGAGACCGAGACUACACGGCCAACACGUCACAGACAUCCGGACUCUUGUCUUCGAUGAAGUCGUUAAACCCGUUCGGAGACCGUGGAUAUGUACAACUACCUACCACAGAGGGCGCUGGCGCUCCCCUGCCAGCCAGCAACCGUCGUGAAGAGGAAGAAGGCUGGUUCGUCCUGAGUCGAUGGGACCGAAUGUUGAUAUUUGGUGCCUGUAACUUGGGUGCACUGGCCUGCUUUGUGCUCUGUUUUGCUCUAUGGCCUAUCCUCAUGACCAAGCCUCGCAAGUUUGUCAUAUUAUGGUCUUUUGGCUCGAUACUGUUCCUCUCUUCCUUUGCCGCCAUGAUGGGGCCUAUGGCGUACGCCCAGCAUUUGGUAUCUGGAUCACGAUUGCCAUUCACCGCGGCCUAUUUUGGCUCUAUUGCGUUGACCAUAUACUUCUCCGUAGGGCUUCACAGCACAACGCUGACUUUAUUGUCCGCAAUCGUCCAGCUCGCCUGCCUUCUAUGGUAUCUUGUCAGCUACUUUCCGAUGGGUUCAAGCGGACUACGUCUUGCCACCAGCUUUGGUGCGCGGAGGGCAGCCACCUGGAUGACUGGUUAGCAAACGUCUAUUGUAUAUUACGGCGUUUUCAGCGCAUUGCAACUAGAAUUCUCUCGGCCUCGCUUACCUGUUACAAUAAUCCGGAAAUUCAUGUUAGAUUGUAAGGAAGUUCAUGACUAAUGAAAGAGACAUGUGAAACAUUUUACGGGGCGAACUGAUGUUGAUAUGCACCUCGGACGUAUUCAAUACUAUAUUACUGGUAGUUGGGUAUAGUUAAUACAUAAAGAGCGUAUUGUUCUCGCGUAUGAGACAACAUACGGCAAAGAAUCUGGGUUACUUGCACACCUUAUUCGACAAGUCCGCCUAGGAUGACCUACUGGAAGUCAGUCCGGAGCUUCCAUACACAAAUGUCUAACUUUGUUUAUUUCUAAGCUUGUUUCUAUCUUGAAUUGUUCCAGGUGUCUAGUGAUUUCAUUGGGUAAGCUGUAACUGCUUGGUC